AUGGCGCCACCAUCGCAAAACGCAAGUGGUUCAGCCAGUAGUAGUAAACGAAUGUCAUAUAUGCACCUUGCUUGGUCUCUUGGUCAUAUCCUCGUUCUCCUUUCCACUAUCUGGACUUUUCUCGGUGCACUCUUCUUCAAAUCUCGAUCUACGUCUUACUAUAUUGCUUGCUCCGGUGCGAUCCUCUCAUGGUCAAUCGUUGUUUAUAAGUCUUUGGGUAUUCCUUCUUUCUCUAGAGCAUAUUUUCAACGCGCGGCCAUGGAUGAAAAUGUACAGUAUCUGGCUGUAGCUUUAUAUUGGUUUUUUUCAAAACCUAUCUAUGUAACCCUUUUGCCGUUUGCGAUCUUCAGUACUUUCCACAGUUUGACUUUUGUAAGGACCUCACUGUUACCCAAGAUUCCAUCUCCAAAAAAGGACGCAACUGGUGCAUCAACGUCAUCAGGAACAGGUUCCGAAGGUCCACAACAAGUUGCAAUUGCUGUUAGUCGAUCUAUUCAGAAUUGGGUCAAACAGAAUUAUGAAUCAGCUAUGUACUUGGUAGCUAUCAUUGAAGUAGUAGUGAUUCAAGGGCGUGUGACUGUAGGUGCCCUCUUAUUCCAGAACAGCUUCCUUCAUCCUCUAUUCUUUGCACAUUUCCUUCGGUUACGAUUUUACCUAUCUCCUCAGACUCGAGCAGCUCUCUCAGCUGUGAACACGACCAUUGAUCACUACCUGAAUCAUCCUAGCUGCCCAGGCGCUGCUAAGACAGGUGUCAAUGUGGUCAGAAACCUAAUAAUCCAAUACGCCGACUCGGUGAUCUCUGUACCAGCUCAACCAGCUGGUUCGAACGCUACGCCAAGUAAGCUUGGUAGACCUCCAGCAACUCCUAGCUCUGCAAGAUAA